AUGGCUCCCAACAACAGCUUCAACCUCCCCUUCAGGCCAGGCAAGAAGCCUGUAGGCGCCAGCCUGUCUACACUCUGCUUCAGACCAAAGGCCUCCUCAACAGCCGUAGCCAGGACUUCCCAGAGGAAGGAUAGAGAUGGUGACGAGGUUGCCAAGAAAAAGCUCAAACGCGUCCUGGAGUCUGCGCUUCAAGAGACGUCUACAACCUCCGUCGACAAGUUCAACUUCCAAAUCAGCGCUGGCUCCGAGCCAUAUUACAACUCUGAGCUCGCAACGUCGCAGCGAGCACCAGAUCCAAACGGUCCUGAAGCCGAACAAGCGACGGAUGCCCGCGAAGCGUGUGAGGAGAUCGAAUGGGACGAGCAAAUCGAGGCCAAACCGCUCAAACGCGAACGUGCCGACGCAAAAAAGCAAAAGCUCAAACGCGCAGCCGAAGCCCAGAAAGCCAGAAACUCCCUCAUCAAAUCCCAGCACAACGAAUCCGAAAUGCUCAGCAUGCUAAGCGGCUUCAAGGUCAACGUCAACAGGAAAUCCGCCGGCAUCUCCAAAGCAAGUCGCUUCAAAACUCCUACCAUCGACUACACGAAACUUCAACGGCAGGGGAAAGCUCUGGUCAAAGCGGCUCAGGAUCGAGUCCUUCCGGCUGAGACUUUCUGGCGUGAUGGGCUUGAGUCGAGAAAGGAGAGGGAUGAGCAUAUUGCGAAUGCGGCGGAGCGUGCGACGUAUUUGCAGGAGUCGAGGGUUAGGGUGCAUAGUUGUGCGGCUUGGAACAGGGCCCGCGAGAGGGGGGAGAGGAAUGGGGAUGGGACGCCGAGGUUGUUGAGGUGA